CAACUGAUUUCAGUUCCAGUGAACAACAAGAAAAUGGUGAAGGUGGAACUCUUGGUUUGACGAGCAGACGAACAUAGGGCUUUCUCCGUUCUCGUGAUGUAAUUAGUGAAAUUAUUUUUGGUUUCCCAUAUUCUUAAAGAAAUGGACGGUACGACUGACCACGACCUGAUACUCAGAGAUAAUGUGUCGCCGGAAAGAAACGAGUCAUCAUCUGAGGCUUUUCUAAAAGAUUCGUCUUCACCCAAGAGUGGAGGCAUCUCUAAAGUUUCACUCCGUCUCCUGCCUUUUAAAUCCGAGUCAUUUAAGGCCCAGUCGCUUCUGGCCCGGUUCCACAGUUCUAGAAAGUCUGAAAGUGGCAUAAAAAGUGAUCUGAAAGGGUCAAGUGGACCUUGGUCAAGUUUCAGUCGCGGAGGGAGGGCUCCUCCCAAAGUGGGAGCAGGUCAUCUCGAGACCUCGCAGAGUGUGGGUAGUGUUAGUGACACGGAAAUUACGUCUGCGAGCCUUCCCGAUGAUCUUAAUCAAAAUUCUGGGUUGAUCAAUUUCAGCAACACAAAAGCAGAAGAUAGUUCAACUCCUCCAAGCGACGAUGCUGAGAAAACAUCUGCUUUCGUCUGUGGGGAAGAUGCACCCUUCUUAUCAUCCGAGGGACAAAAGACCUCGGAAAGUUGGUUCGGUACCUGGCCAGGACGACCUAGAAAAUUGAAAAGCCUGAGGAAAAGGUUACUAACAUCUGGGACCAAGAAUGCAACCGCUGAUCAAUUUUCUAAAACUAGUGAAAGAAUGAAGGAUAGAGAGGAGAUUAAUAACCAAGUUGGUACAGGGUCAGAAAAGGCUGUCAUCAAGGACCGCGAGCAGAAUUGCAAGGGGAAACUUGAUGAACACAGUGACCUGAACCUGAGUAACUUCACAAAUGAUCCUGCACAUCAUGUCUCUUUAGAUACGUUACUAGAAUCUCUCCCUUUAGUAUAUGACCCCACAACACGCCAGUUGUGUGUGGGUUCUGCUAAGAAAGGUCACAAUGACAAACAUAACAAGAGUAGAAUGUCAAAGGCAUUUUCUCCAGAAAGAUCUGAGUCAAGUGAAGAUGCACAAAUUGAGAACAAAGAGCACAUAGGACCUGAGGAACGCUCACUUGAUACUGAAGAUGAAUCUCAGAAAGAAGCCUUACUCAAAACAUAUGAAACUGGAGACAGUAUAAUCUCAUCUAAGCAGUUAGAAAUCAUACAAGAAGUUGAUGAAAGUAGUGAAAGUGUCCGCUUAAUAGGGAAAGGCACUACGCAGUCCGGCAACGUCAGUGGAAGCUCCUCUUUGGAGAGGGGAGUUUUUGAAAGUCCACGCAACAGCUUACAGAGAGCUAGUACAACCAAUUCCUUGUCAAUAACUGAUGCUAGUUCAUUUUCAAGUUUGUCGAGUUCUAAUACUGAACUGUCAGCGUAUUCUGCCUCUGAUAGUGCAGUGUGUUUGGCAUCACAUCUUUCAGAAACCAGCUCUUUACGCGACUUUCCUUUUGGCGAAGGGGAAAACAAGAGUAAACGAAAAGGGAUAACAGAUUUUUUGACUAGAAACCUAUUUUCGUGGCGUCACAAAGAUGGAGGAAGCAAUGGGAGCGACGGCGUCUCUUCCACGUCCUCUUCGCCGAUCCCUUCGUCGCCCGUGUCGGGCACUACUUCCACCUCCUCCUCCCCGGGCUGGAGGAUCUUCUCCAGGCCUUCUCCGAGGGCUCCGAGGUCACCCGAUAUCAAGGCACGUAACAGCGAGUUAGAAGCAGGGAGCGUUGGUUUGAUCAUGGAGAAUAGGCCCAAUAACCUACCAGCGAAGACUGCUUAUGAACAACUCAAGCACAAACAGGAGUACCAGCAGAUGGUGUCUGCAGCCAAGAAGAAAGAAUUACGUGAAGCAAAGGAAAGAAAAAAGGCCCAGGCCAACCUUCAACGCCAGGAGGAGCAGCUGGCAGCUGCUGUUGCCACUUGGAAUAACGAUUUCCUUCCCAAAUGGGAAACUAUGCAUACUCAUAAAAAAUGCAGAGAGUUGUGGUGGCACGGUCUCCCCUCUUGUGUGCGAGGGAAAGUGUGGAAAAUGGCCAUUGGGAAUGAACUAAACGUAACUGCUCAGUUGUACAAUAUUAUGGUGCAAAGGUCAGUGGAUAAAUUGAUAACAUUAAGUGAAUGUGGAAGUGUGGCUAGCCAAGAUGACAUCAUCAGUAACCCUGGCGACCAAGAAGCAACCAUUGACCUCAUUCAUCUGGAUGUAUCUCGUACAUUUCCACACUUGUGUAUAUUUCAGAAGGGAGGUCCCUAUCACGACCCUCUUCACCAUAUUCUAGGAGCGUAUGCCUGCUACCGUCCUGAUGUUGGCUACGUACAGGGGAUGUCAUUUUUAGCUGCUACAUUGUUGCUCAACAUGGAUGAGUCAGACGCAUUUAUUGCCUUCUCAAACUUACUUAAUCGACCAGCCCACAUGGCUUUCUUUCGUGUUGAUCAACCAAUGAUGUGUGCUUAUUAUCAAACGUAUGAAGAGCUGUUAGCUGUAAACCUUCCCUCAGUAGCUGAGCAUCUAAAAAAUAUCGGAGUCACUCCUGACUUAUAUAUACUAGACUGGCUCUUAACUGUGUUUUCACGCCCUUUGCCGUUAGAUGCUGCUGUUAGAAUAUGGGAUGUAUACCUCAGAGAUGGGGAGGAGUUUCUAUUUCGAGCUGCAAUAGGAAUCCUUAAGUUGUAUGAGACAUCACUCAUGAACCAAGAGUGCACUGCUACAGCUGCUCAGUUCCUCACAAGAUUACCAGAGGACCUGUGCGUCGAUGCUUUGUUCCGGGCCAUUUCAUCCGUCCGAACAUCCGCCCACAAGCGCACAUUUUCACAAAUACUACAAGCACAUAUGGGUGCAGUUGCAGGCAGUGCAGUAUGAAAGCGUAUGAUGGUCUUUACAUUUUUUGCGUGUUUUAUAUGUCUAUUUUUUCUGAAAAUUUUGUUUUUGAGAUUAUAGAGAUCUUAUAGUCAGUAGGAUAUUUAUUUGGAUUUAUUUUUUGUUCAUCAGUUAAGAUGUGUGACUAUUCACCCAGAGACAUAUCUUCAUUGGAGUCUUUAGAUGUAUUUUAGACUGGAGUAAGCUUAUGUUUAUCAAGUUCAAGAUCUCACCCUUUCUAGACCUGUACAUGUUACUCUUUCUUCUGGUACUUUGAGGUAUGAAUUUUGCCACUAAAGCUACUUGAUGUUCUAGCAUAUCAUCUGUAAACAGAUCCACUUCGGUGAAUAGCAGAGUAUGUAAUCAAAGUCGUAUUGUUCAUGUCAUUAAUAGGCUUCAGUACGUUGGUGACACAAUCGUAAAAAUUUUCCCCAAUUUACUUAUUAAUGUAAAGUUAACCUCUUACAUAUUCAAGCACAUCACAUAGUAUACUCUCUCUGAGAGUACAUACAUUGUUCAUGAAAAAGAAACAGACAUUUGGAUAAUUUGAAAUUCAGGGAUCAUCAACAGGUUCAUAUUAUUUCUUUUAUCAGUUUUUGAUGUUUUAUAUGUUUAAGUGAAUAUACUCUUUCUUUGGCUAUUAAGGUACUAUAAGAAAGUGGAUAGUACUUGAUAACAUAUCAGAUUUCCCUUGUGAAUUUUAAAUUAGUUUUCUUUUAAUACUUGACUUUCUCUAGUAUAUACAGGUAAUGGUGUGUGCAAUCGAUGUUUAUUAGUGGUGAUUUCCUUACUUUUUCAAACCAGUCUUUAAAAUGAGUUUUCCUUCUGUAGAUGCUGUGUUGAUUUUUGUAAACCUUCAGAGUGUUUUCUGCUUCACUUCUCAUUGAAUAAUUAACACUUGCCUGGUAAUAUUCAGGAUUUGUUUGUUCAACUUAAAUCCCUUAAAUAGAAGAAAAUUUAAAUGAUUGUACCAUUCAUAUGGAUUAGUUUGAUACUUUCAUGUGAAGCUGUAGUUUUUUUGGAAGGCCUUUUAUAAAAAUAUUAGGAUUAUAGUGAGGUUGCAUAUCCCAACUAUUAAUUCAUUCAGCAAGUGAAAUAGUGGCCUCUUUCAGGAAUGAGAGAGGAAACAAUAUAUAGAGGGGUUGAGUUAUUAAGAGUUAUAAUAUCAUCACAUUAUGGUGAACAGGCUUUUUAGAUGGAGACUUACAACAUUAUAGAAGGAAAAUUUAGAGGCAAGGGUUCCAUGUAUUUUUAGUGAAUAAACAAUUCAUUUAAUCCGUUUCAUUAUGCCAGCUGCUAUGAUAUCCAGCAGAGUACAUUGCUGUAAAUUUGCCUGUUACUAAGGAGAGAACAUUGGGUCAUUGGACUUUUUAAACUUCUGUCAUUGUUCCCAAAGAUGAAGAGAAUACGUUUUGUCGGCAUUCUGAAGUGAUCGUGUAAGUGAAUGUACUUGGUUAGUUUUUAUAUCCAUAAUUGUUAAGGUACAGCAUUAAAUUAAUUUACAGAGAAGUAUAUAUCAGUUGGAUAUGAUAGAGGAUGACAGAAAUCAUCUGCAGACCAGCCUCGACAGUAGGGAAGAAAUUAAAUCUUCUUAUGGAAAACUAGACUGUUCACAAAGCUGUACAUUUAGGGGCCCCUUGCACAUAGCUCUGUAUACCACCAUGUGAAUAAGUAGAAAAUGUGAAUGAAUGAUGCCAGUCUGUGUGCAUAGUUCAGUCUUUUCAUGGGCACAGAGCUUUGAUAACAGAUGUUCCACAUUUAUUGACUGAUUUUAACAGGUGGUAAGCAUUAGUUUGAAUGUGGAAUCUGUAUGUCAUGCUUGAUAAUGAUUGAAAAAAUGUGUAAUUUUAAUGUUUUGUCAUUAAAAUUUCUUGUCUUCCAUUAUAUUUCUUUAGUGAGGUUUUGAUGCUAUGGAAAAUUAUGGUGUUUGAACUUGUCAGUAAUGCAAUUUAGAUAAUACAGUGUAGAUUACAGUUUACUUUCUGAUGGCCAAGGUAAAGAGUAUAUUCAAUUAAUACUAUUGACUUUCAGUCUGUUAUUUUAGAUAUUUAUGCAUAACAGAAAUCAUGCUUACCUUUUUAUAUUACUUCCAAGAAUAUGGGCCUCUAGUGUAAUUACAGUCUGAAAUUAUAUCAGAAAAAAUUCAGCCUCCGUACCAAAGAACAGAACUAUAUUAAAUGUGAUUUUAUUGUAAAAAGUAAAGAGUUUAUUGGUUCCUGUAAAAGAGACUCAUUGUUGCAUAGCAUUUUAAUUACAGAAGUGUUUAUUUCUUAGAUUUAAUCCAUUGUGAUUGACAAAGACGGAAUUUUUGUACAGAAUAGCUGAAAUUUCAUUGUGAAACGUGCUAUAUUUUUAUUAGGUAAGUUUUUAUAGAAAUACAAAAUAUGUAUUGUUAUUUUAUUUGAAAAUAUGUAAUGUUGAUUUUUCUUUCUUGCAAGAAUGUGUACAAGCAUAAAAUUCACUAUUGCAUGCAGUAGAGACUGCUCGUGACUGCUUACACCAAUAUUCAUUCAACACGAUAUACAGUGCUGUUACGCCUGUGUAGAUGCUUACUCUUCACAACAUUAUUCCCAUGCCCUACCAUCUGCUACUUAGUCAUGUUGUCAUUAUGCUCAUCAUUUUUCAAAUUUCUUUUGGUGCUCUAUGGUUAUGAAGAGUGUAUGGCAAAACAUUCUAGUUGCAUAUGACAUUACUCUUCUCACAUAUUUUAUAUAUAUAUAAAUAUAUAUAUAUCCUAUAGGACUGUGAUAACUUAAUACUCAUCAUACCAUCAUAUUACUGUGACCACAAUAAUGUAUCAUGUAUUUCACAUGCAGGGAAAGUAUGUAAUAUUCUUUUUUUGGUACACUUUAACCACAAAGUCUAGUUGUCAUACUAGCAGGAUUUUGUAUUCGGUGUAUUUUAGCCAACAUGUACUUUUAAGUUUACUGAUGGAUAUUGACCCGGAGUGAAGUGCGUCACAAUCAGCUUCAUCCACGUGUGGGUAUGUUCUGUCUCCAUUUUCCUUUGGUCUUCAAAUACUUGUAAUGAAGCCUUUUAGGCAAUAACCUAACAUUAAUUCAUACCUUUAUCAUUUGAGACAAGAGAUGACCAAGAACAGUUAAAUGGUGAUAUUUGAAACUUUUUAUAUGUAUUUUAGAACAACUUUGCUGCAAUUCCAAUCCUCUUUAUGUUUUUUGGUGUCUUUUAGACUCCUACAUUUGAAAUUAGUUAGAAUAUGGAAAUUCAGUGAGCUGAUUUAAGUAGUACUGUAUCGGUGUAGUGAUGAGGAUAUUCAUUUACUGGCUUGCAUUUAUUGUGAAAUGCACCAGCAAAAUUCAUUGGAAGCUACCCUAAAUCCUCGAAUUUCUUUGCUUCUUAGAUGGUCUGCUGAAUUGUUGUGCAAAUCAAAAUAAUGAUUCACUUGGAAAUUAAUACUAUACGUGGAUUAAGUUAUUCUUCUGCCAAUUUUAUGUGUUUUGUGAUGUCCACUUUAGUAAACCUCAUGGUAGUUUGCAGCUGCAAAAUUUUUCUGGCAUAUUUUUGACAUUGUUCAUCUUUAGUGGUCCCAUUUAGUAUAUGCAAUAUUGAAGUGAUGAAUUUCCUUUAUAUUUGCUAAACCUCAUGCAGUAAUUGUGAUGAAAAAGAUGUACUUCUGUGCUUUUAAAAUACUGUACAUUCUUGUGUAUCUUGAAAGCCAUUUUAUCGUUGCCAAUAGGCUUAUCGUAUAUUUCACUCAAGAAUAAACUAUCCAUUUUACCAGUAAUUGUACUUCAGCAUCAACACUAUUCGUAGGUUAUUUUUUUGAUGAAUUUUAUACCCUUUAGAAUUAGUUUGCAUAUAGGACACUUGAUUCGAUAGAACUUUGGAAUCUGCAAGUCUCAAUAUUUUGUAAGCUUUUAAUAUGCAGAGGGAAACUGAGUACAGGUAUUGUAUUUCUAUAAAAUGGCUUCAAGUGUCAAUGUUUUUUUAUGACUAAAGUCAAUUUUGAAACUAGUUAUUAUAUUGACUUGGGAGAUAUAAAUUUAAAGUUUUUAAGAUGAGAGAGCAUUUAUAAAUUUUUAAUGUAUUAUGAAGAAAGCGUGAAGGAGAGAGUAAUUCUACUGAUGAUCAUAUUUGUUGAAAAAAUAAAUAAAGGUGAUAUAUGGCAAAUUAAUACCACUUCAUAGCAUGGUUUUGCAUAAUCUACAAUACUGUGCUAUGAAGUGGUAACAUCUAAAACAUUAAAUAUCAUUUCUUCGUGGAUAUUGCAAAACACUCGUUGAAGAGGGUAUUAUAUAUGUAUGAUGUGAUCUUUUAUGAUCUGGAUUUCAAUAAGAGGGUAGUAAUUCAGUAAUGUUUUUAGGCUCUGAUCUGAGAGAGGGAAAUCUGUCCUGGCUAGACUCGGUGUUUUCUACAAGUUUUUUUAUAUAUAUAUUGACAUUAUGGGGUUGGGGGGAAGGGGUACUGCCUUGAAAAGCUAUUAUGAUUAUGUUUAAAUGACUUCCUGAUAGUGACUUCAAUGACUUUUCAGUGCAUCAGCUCAAGGGUAACAUUCCGCAAAUAUUAAGUCUAACCAUGCACAUGCAGUACUCACUUGUCAGCUGCUUGUGUGUUACACUCCAGAAACUACUUGCUCGGAAAAUCUAUCAUUAUUAAAUGUAAAAGAGAGUAAGGUAGGCUUGUUCUGAAAUGUUCAUCAAACAUUUCUGGGUUUGACAUUAGAAGUGGUCAUAUUAGAAUGCAUUUAAGAAUGUAUAAUUUUGCUCUAAUGGUCAGUAAGCUUUUCUUUAUUUACAGUCUCUUGUUUUGGUAAAAGAUAUAGAUAUGUAAUACUUUGAACUAGGAUACCAAUAAGUUUAUCAUAUUCCAUCAAGAUAGGAAGUAGCCAGUCACCAAGUAACAACAGAGAGAGAGAAUGAGAGAGAGAUUUGUGUACCAUGCACCCCUCACACAUACAGUAGCUAACACAAAUGAGAACAUUGUACUUUGUCGGAACUGUAUAAAAGUAAUUAUUUUCCUUCCUCUACAAUAAUUUGCAGUUUAAUUUUGUAUACUAUCAUAAAUAAGAUCAAAAUGUGUCUAUCAUAAACAUCAAACAGAUAGACACCACACUUCUGCAUGUAUGGUUUCAUUGUAGUGCUUCACUUCCAUGUUACUAGCUGUAAAAGAAUGGCACUUCUGAAAUUUAGUCUUAAUAAGUGUGCUGUGCACAGUUACACUUCAACAUAAACUUGGAAGACUUGGAAUUUAUGGAACAUGAUAUACUUUAUUGUUUAUCCUCAGACAAAAUCAUAAUGAAAUUUGGAAAACUAAAAACUUAUUAACAAAACUGGCUGGCAAGGGUGUACUGUAAUGUUUGUGUGUGCUCUUUUGUUAAUUAUUUGGAAAUUUAGAAGCUUCAUAAUGAGCUUUGAUGUAAAUCUAAAAUUUUAUCUUAGGUUGCUGAAUUUCAUAAAUGGAAAUGGCUCCUGCUUUAGCUUUAUGAAGAUAUAUAAUAAACAAGAAACAAGUUUUAGCAAAAAAUUUUAUCAGGUCAUGUCUUUGACUAGUCCUUUUAUAAGAAACGGUAUCCUUGGACAUGAUAUUUUACAAUACUGUUUUAUUGUUUUAUAAAAGAAUAUUUGUAUUUGCUUUUGUAAGAAAAUUUUUUCACAAGUUAGGCAUUGCAGUUUGUACAUAUGAUUCUGUGUUACCUUCUUUGACCAUUUUGAUAAGGAAGAGUGUAUUCAAAAGUUCUUUUGUCAUUCAAGAAAAUUAGGGACGUGUAGUUUGCCUGGCAGUGGUAAGGUAGUUUCAUAACUUUUUAUACCUUUGUGAUAUUUUCAGAUGGAAUUUCAUUAAAAUAUUUUCAUUUAGGGACUGGAUAUUGAAACAUUGUUUUUUACUCAUAUGAUGACAUUUUGUGUCAAAAUAUGCAAGGUGUUUCUGUAGACUCUUGACUUUCUUGACUGUUUCCAUUUGCUCAAAAUCAUAUUUUUGGUAAUUGAAUUUGUAUAUGAAAGUUAGAAUGAAUAUUCUCUAGUGUUUUGUAUCUGAGUGCAGUACAGUACGAGUAAACUAGAAUUUUAUUCACAUUCAUCUGUGUUAUUAGGUCUCAUUUUCAUUAUAUACGUAUAUUUCCCUGGCUCCAUGUGGAAGUUUGAAUUUUAUACUUGUUGCAUCUCAAACUUGUCCAUAUAACAAAUAAAACAGGCUUUAUAUCA